GCUUCAUCUCGAAUAUUAUUUAUGGUGCAAGAUUUUCGGAGGACAUUGGUAGAGAACACAAGUGUUUCCUCAGCUGUAGCCUGGAAUACUUUGCACUGAGAUCACUAUGGCAACUGUUAUGGAGAAGAUUGGGAGACCCUCACUGCAGCAGGUGAGGCGGGUUCCUCAGAUGUUUGCAGAGGUGAUGCCUUGCAUGCCUGACACUCUAAGUGACACAGAGGUUCCUCAUUUUUUCCGUGAGCGAUACGUCCGCUCUGGCUACCGGCCGCUCCACCGGAACUGGCAGUAUUACUUUUGGUCUCUUAUACAGUGUCACAACGAGACAAUAAAUGUUUGGACUCACCUACUUGGGGCGCUAGUGGUCCUGACAAGGACAGCACAGCUUACAGAGACGGUAGAUUUCAUUAACGACCUUCAUUCCUGGGCACUUCUCAUCCUUCUCUUGUCCUCAGUGGCCUACAUGACCUUCAGCACUUUGGCCCACUUGUUGGCAGCAAAAUCUGAAGUUUGUCAUUAUGCCUUCUUCUUCCUGGAUUAUGUAGGUGUGGCACUGUAUCAGUAUGGGAGUGCAGUGGCUCAUUACUACUAUGCUAUUGAGGAAAGUUGGCAUGAGCAGGUCCAAGGCCUUUUCAUGCCUGUUGCUAGCCUACUGUGUUGUCUGUCCUGCUUUUGCUGCUGCUAUGGAACAUACUGGAAUUACAGCCUACCUCACUGGGUUCGGAAAGUUAGCCAAGUGGUACCUUCAGCCAUAGCUUAUAGUUGGGAUAGCAGUCCUGUGUUUCAUCGUAUUAGCCUUUGGUUACUAUCUUGGACAUGGAGUGAUUCUAGAAGCACAUCUGCUUUGACUUUCCACUUUGGCCAAGUAGUGUUUUUUCUCUCUAGUGUUUUUUUCUUUACUCACCCUUUACCUCAGCGCUGGUUCCCAGGUCACUGUGACUUCCUGGGUCAGGGUCAUCAAAUAUUCCAUGUGCUGCUGGUACUGUGUACCCUCUGCCAGAUUCAUGCUUCAUAUUUGGACUACCUAAACCGACGACACAUCUACAUUAAUUUCCACGCUGAUAGGGAGGCAUUAUUAUUUGUUUUUCUGUAUGUGUUAACAUUGGUCACCUGUGCUCUAAUAGCCAUGUAUAUGCUUGCAAAUGUUAAAACAUUGCUCAGGUAUAAAACGAAGUAAAACAUCUGAUUAGCACCUUUAUUGUAGGUGGAUGACUUUGCACACAUUUUAUGAUAUACAGUAGUAAUACAAUUAUCAUAAAAUUGUGGUACAUUAAUGUUGAUAAUUUUUCCACUUUAAACUCAUCUUGUGCAGAAAAAUAGCUCGGGAUGUAAAAGCUUUUCCAUAGACCGUAAAA